AUGUGGUGGUCACGGGCGGCGCAAAGGAGCUCUGUGCCACCAGCAGGGUCGCAGCCCGAGUAUCUCGUAAACAGUACGAGGACUCGUGGACGAGCGCCUACGACUCCGCUGGGAACCUCGAGGCGGUGUUCAACGGCACUUGCUUCGCUGCAUCGCCCAACGAGUGCGCGGAGUUGGUGCAGUGCUCUGACCCUCACAAGACCUUCCCGCAGGAUUGAAGUCGACCCCUCCACGGGGCUGAACCGGUUCGCGCUGGAGCCAGACGCGGUCAAUCACACCUUGUGGGCGGCCUGCCAGGAGACCCACAGCGCCCUGGCCUGGCAGCUCGAGCAGGGCGCGCUGCUGUCGCUGCUGGCCCUGCAGAGCGGCGACCAGAGCUCCGAGCAGGCAACGCUGCUGAAGGAGCAGCUGCAGGAGGCCGCAUCGGAGGUGAGCGACCGGCUGCUGGGCACCACGGGCGGGGUAGGCCUGGCCGCGCGGGCGCUCCAGCGCGCGCAGCGCCUCGCGGAGCUGGUGGACCCCUCGACGGCGCCUGCUCCAGUAGACGGCUCGGGGCAUCUUCCCGUCAGCUUGCAGGACCUCGCCAGUGCCAUCGAGAGCUUGGCCGAGGCCGCUCAGGAGGCGCCGUGCAGCGGCGCGGCCACGGACUGGGCCACCCUGCACGGGAAGGUCGUCGACGAGCUGACCCAGCAGGCCGAGGUGUCUGCCGCAGUGAACGCCUCGUCGCUGCUGGACCCUGCCGGGUUCGACUACGCGCAGCGGGCCACCGAGGCCGUGGCCGUCGGGGCCGCGGUGGCGCUGCAGGCAGGGGCCCUGGCCGCGCUCGCGGAGUUCAACUGCCUCGCGCGGUACGACCCCUUCAACGCCGCGAUCCGGGAGGGGGACCUGUCCGACCUCCAGACUGCCGCCUACACGCUGCUGCAGAGGCUCUGUGCGGCGCUGCCGCUGCCGGCGGUUGGCACCGCGGCGUCCGCGCCCGUGCAGGAGGAUGUUUCGCCGAGCGCGUCGAGGCGGCAGCCGCGGCCGUGCAGUCUGCCGAUAGCACCUCGGCGGUGCAGCUGCUGUCUCUGGACUUCUGUAGCCGCCUGUUCAACGCCACGGCGUACGUGGUUGCCGAGGUCAGCCCGUACACCGAGGAGGGGGGGGGGCGACCCCCGAGGGCGCCGACCUGGCCUUUCUGUCCACCGGCGGCGAGCAGCGGCGCACCUACGCGGCCGCAACCGACUAUCGCCUACAUGA